AUGCCUCACGACUUCCCGCCCCUCAAAAAUGACCGUCUGCUGCGCGUCGCUCGAGGCGAGAAAGUCGACCGCCCCCCCAUCUGGGUCAUGAGACAAGCCGCAGCCCCUCGCUCACACCACACGUCCCACCUUCUAGCUGGCCGCUACCUCCCCGAGUACCACCGUGCCAAAGGCGGGCGCGACUUCUUCGAAUGCUGCCGCGACCCAGAAGUGGCGUCGACGCUGACGCUGCAGCCCAUCGAGCGGUACGGCGACCUCAUCGACGCGGCCAUCAUCUUCAGCGACAUCCUCGUGGUGCCGCAGGCGCUCGGCAUGGAGGUGCAGAUGGUGGAUGGCUUGGGUCCUAAAUUCCCCAGUCCCCUGCACUCGCCCGAUGACCCGCAGUAUCAACAGAUCUUGGACAAGAAGGUGGACGUCAAUGCCGAGCUGGGCUACGUGUACGAGGCGAUCACGCUGACGCGCAAGAAGCUGCAGGGGAGGGUGCCGCUGUAUGGAUUCACGGGCGGGCCUUGGACGCUGCUGUGCUACAUGGUGGAAGGGGGCGGGUCGAAGCUCUUUCGAUACGCUAAGACGUGGGUGUAUAAGUACCCUGAGGAGAGCAAGAGGCUCCUCAAAAAGAUCGCGGACGUGUGCAUCGAUUAUCUGGUCGAGCAGGUGAGGGCCGGGGCGCAGAUACUGCAGGUUUUUGAGAGUUGGGCCGGAGAGCUGGGCCCAGGGGAGUUUGAUGAGUUCUGUCUGGCGGAGGCGAUGAGGAUCAGAGAGGAGGUCAGGGCAAGGUUGAAGAAGGAGGGGUUAGAGGAUGUGCCAAUGGUUCUGUUUGCAAAGGGCGCAUGGUAUGCGCUGGAAAAGCUGUCCGCCUUUGGCUAUGAGGUUGUGGGGUUGGAUUGGUUGCAAGAUCCGAAGGAAGCGAGGAGGAUAGCGGCCGGUCGAGUGGUAUUACAAGGAAACGCGGAUCCGGGUGUACUCUAUGGCACUCGGGAGAGUAUCACCAAGGCGGUUGAGAGAAUGGUAGACGGGUUUGGGGGUGGGCAGCAGGGCUGGAUCGUGAAUCUGGGCCACGGCAUCACGCCUGGAGUGGACCCGGAGGAUCUGAAGUGGUUCUUCGAGGAGGUACACCGCGUCACAAAGACGUUUGCGGGGCGUUGA